GUGGAUUCUGAAGCGCCCAUGGCUAACAAUUCAAUACCUCAACGGCACCGUUUGCCGGUGGUUUCCCGCGAUAUCUGUCUUUCGCCGACUACUUCAUCGCAAGCAAGGCCGGUCUAACUAUAUUUGUGAUAAUUUCUCUAUGGCUUUCCAAUACCAUUCCGAUCGCUGGGAACGUCGUCGUUGAGCAAAUUCAAAACGUACUUGGCCAACGUUUCUAGCUACUACAAUCAAAACCGCAACUCCAUUAAUCAACAAACAAUUCGUUUCCCUGGAAAACUAAAAAGGAAGCAAUUUUCUCUGCAGACUAUUUUGUCCUAUUUUGGCGGUUUCAAAGUUCGGAUUCAAAUCCUUACCAUUACCGUCAGCAUGCGAACUCGGAAUGCGGACAAAGCCAAAUUGGCGAGCGCUAAGAAAACCCCGCCGGCGAGGAAAUCCGCCGUUAAAACCUGUCCUACGCCUCCGGAGUUGGACUCGGGAUUGGUCACUCCUAAAACCGUCGUAACAAAGCGCGCUGCUUCUACCCGAGCCCGGCAGAUCAAGAAGAACUCAACCACUCCCCCGACGGGUUCGAAGCCCGAAGAAUCAUCAGUUGAGGAAGCUGAAGCGUUGGCUAAUGUUGCUGAUGUGACACCGGUUAGAAAAGUGGUUUCGGCAACUAAAUCAGCUGUGAAAAAAACAUCUGGGAAAGCUAAGAAACUUCCUUCAGCAAAAGGUGCUUCUGCACAUACACCUCAGACACCUGAUUUAGCGGAACCUGCGGAGGCGAAAGCUAAAGAAUCAAAGGAGGAGGUGGCAGAUGCCAAGAAUUUGGAGUCUACGGAGGACGAGCCCCAUCAAGCCCCUCUUGAUGAUGAUGAUGAAGAUCCUGUGAAGAAUGAAGGGACCAUUGUUGAAGUUGAAGAACCUGCCGUUGAGGAUGUCGGAGAAUCAGCUAAGAGGGACCAAAGCAGAAUGGAAAUGCAAGUAACUAAUACUGAAAGUUUUGUAGGUACUUUGGAACAAGAAAAACUUUCUGUUGCUUUGGAGGAGGGAUGGGACGGGAAGGAAGAAGAGAAGGAGGAAUCAAGAGAUGAUGGAAAUGUGGAACAGCCAAAUAUUGAGAUUGCUAAUAGAGUCACAAAUGCCAUCGUCCCAUUGCAAACAGAAAAUGCUAAGCCUGUACGGGAGUUUGAUGAUGAUGAGGGAAUGGAGGAUGGUGGGAAGUUGGACCUUGGAGAACAUGGAGAUGAGGAGCUUCAAGAGGAUGAUGCAGAUGGUCCUGCUGAAGAAAAUGAGGCAGCGGAAGAUGAGCACAGGGAAUUGUCAGCCAUUGUGAAGGAGCGUAAGAUUAAGAAAGAGCGUGAGAUUUUUGUUGGUGGGCUGGAUCGGGAUGCAGUUGAGGAAGAUGUGAGACGAGUUUUUGAGAAGAUUGGAGAAAUAGUUCAAGUUAGAUUGCACAAGAGUCCUUCUACUAAUAAGAACAAGGGAUAUGCAUUUGUGGAAUAUACAAAGAAGGAGCAUGCAAGGAGGGCACUUUUAGAAAUGAAAAACCCUGUUAUUUGCGGAAAGCGAUGUGGGACCGCACCAAGUGAGGACAAUGAUACGUUGUUUUUGGGUAAUAUCUGCAAUACAUGGACCAAGGAAGCAAUUAAGCAAAAACUGAAGGAUUAUGGUGUUGAAGGUGUUGAAAGUAUUACGCUUGUUCCUGAUGUCCAGCAUGAAGGGCUGAGUCGGGGAUUUGCAUUCAUUGAGUUCUCUUGCCAUGGUGAUGCUAUGCUUGCCUACAAGAGGCUUCUAAAGGCCGAUGCUAUUUUUGGACACCCUGAGAGAACAGCCAAAGUGGCUUUUGCUGAACCUUUACGUGAGCCAGACCCUGAAGUUAUGGCCCAAGUCAAGUCAGUAUUUGUUGAUGGCCUACCUCCUCAUUGGGAUGAAGAAAGAGUUAGGGAGCAAUUUAAAGGUUAUGGAGAAAUUGUGCGGAUUUUCCUUGCCCGGAAUAUGUUUUCAGCAAAGAGAAAGGAUUUUGGAUUUGUUGAUUUCUCUACCCAUGAAGCAGCAGUGGCUUGCAUUAAUGCUGUGAACAAUACAGAACUGGAUGAUGGGAACUCAAAGAUAAAAGUGAAAGCUAGACUCUCAAAUCCUUUACCUAAAACUCAAGCUGUGAAGGGUGGAAUGAGUGGUGGAUUUCGGAUUGGUCAUGGUAGUGGAGCUUUUUCGAAUUUUGGAAGGGGCUACGGGCGGGGUGGGAAUCUAUUUAAUUUUCCACGUGGCAGGGGUUUCUAUCAAGGUGGACGUGGUCAAGCAGCUAGAAUGGGAUUUCAAAAUGAAUAUGACUUUGAUAACCCAUACCCCAACUUUCAUGGGAGACAUAUUAUUGCACGAGGGCAAAGAAGAGGCUCUUUCAGAGGUAAUCAGUACUCAUCAGGUAGGAAUGGUGGAUUUAAUUUUGAUAGACCAUGGCAUGAUGACCCUGAUAGAGGCCAUGGGAUGCAUUAUCCUUCUAGGUGGCAUUCAUAUUCUCCAGAAGGGUAUUUUGACAGACCUUUCAUGAGAAAUCACUUUGAUGACCCUUAUCUAUAUGGUGAUAAUAUGUGUGGAACAAAGCGUCCAUUAUAUAUGAGGGAUCAUGAUCCUGAUUAUGUGGAGCCCAUUUGGCAACGCCCACGAUUGGAUUAUAUUGAUCCAGCAACUUCAUUUCAUGGAAACCGUUAUCAUGAUUCAUAUGGAGCGGGCAGCAGUCUCUACUCUCAUGAUUAUUAUGGCCCUGAUUAUCCUGGAGGCCCCUAUUCAUCUUUCCAUCGGCGUGAUCCGUCGUAUGGAGGUCACUACUAAUAUUAGAAUAUAUGCACUUUGGUGAGCAUGGAAAUGGAGGAUGCAUUUCAUCACUUAUGCACUAGUAGCUUGUUGUGAGAAAGGAAGAUGAAGUUCCAUAAUUAUUUGUCUUCUCUAUCUUCUAUCUGCUUGUCCUUCUUAUCUGUCCACUUUUCUCUACUUUCUUUUCUAAAAUUUUGGUAGAAUGUCACGAGCUUAGAUCUUUCUAGUUUAGGUUGUCUUUCAAGGGCCUUAACUAAGAAAUUUAUGCACUUUUUUAUGAUGGAGACAAAAAAGAUAGGCCCCUUUUACACUAGGUGUGAACAGCUUGAUGGCUUUCGUUAUGAGCUGUUGUGCAGAAGUGUAGACAUUUGCUUCCCAUUAUAUUGUUAAUUAUUAUCAUGGAUUGGGUAUA